AUGAGUGCCAUCUGUUGGAACUGCCAGGGGCUUGGGAACCCCUGUAUAGUUAAAGCUCUCCAGAAGGUGGUUUUGGAGGAAGAUCCCACUUUGGUCUUCAUCAUUGAGACCAAGUUAGUAGUGUCAGAAAUGAAAGGUAUCAAGAGCAAACUAGAUCGGCAACAGGGUUUGGUAGUCCCUAGUAUAAAGCGAGGUGGAGGUUUGGCACUCUUAUGGAGAAGUUCUACGAAAGUGGACGUCCAAACUUUCUCGCCUCGUCAUAUAGAUGCUAUAGUUACUAAAGAACAUGGUAACAGGACGUGGAGAUUUACCGGUUUCUACGGCCACACAGAAACUAGCAAAAGAGAGGAGUCUUGGAGACUGUUGGAAGAGUUGGGUAAGAGAAGUGAUCUUCCAUGGAUUUGCAUGGGGGACUUCAAUGAAAUAUUACAUCUAAGAAAGAAGGUGGGAGGUAACUUAAGGCCUGAUGGGCAGAUGAGGAGCUUUAGGGAGACGGUAAAUCAAUGCAAUCUCCGAGAUAUGGGGUAUAUAGGUUCUGACUUUACUUGGAGUAGGAGGCUGGGCGGACGAGGCUGGGUUAGAGAACGUUUGGAUAGGGCCCUAGUAUCAUCAUCCUGGGUGGCAAUGUUCCCGGGUGUGAGAUUACAUCAUGUGGCAGCAUCAACGUCAGACCAUUGCAUGUUGGUACUCAAAGCUCCACAGACAAGGCGAGGAUUGCGUCGGAGAUCUAAAAUGUUUAGGUUUGAAUCAAUGUGGUUUAAGGAUGAACAAUGUGAGGAAGUGGUGUCUGAAGCCUAG